AUCUACUACUGCAAGAAAAGAAAGAACUCUGGAAGCAGAGUUAAGACAGUCAUUGGAAAUAUAUAUUAACAAGGUUACAAAACAAUUGUACAAACAGACUCCAAGUCCGACAAAUAUUCAAGAGGCAAAAAGAAUAUUAUAG